GUACUGCCAUUGAUCACAAGCCGGAAGUGAAUUGAGAAGCUUCUCUCUCUCUCUCUCUCUCUCUCUCUCUCUCUCUCUCUCUCUCUCUUCAAUUGCUUUGAGCAAGUUCUAGAAUUUUGGUCAUCUUCGAGUCCGAGCUCAGCGAAGGAGUGAUAGUAUGACCGAAGAGAAGGAAGAAGUGAAGACUUUCAAGGAGCUGGGCAUAUGCGAGCAGCUGUUGGAGGCUUGCGAGACUUUGGGAUGGAAGAAUCCGACGAAGAUCCAAGUUGAAGCCCUUCCUCAUGCUCUCGAAGGAAAAGAUAUGAUCGGUCUUGCACAGACAGGAUCUGGCAAAACGGGGGCAUUUGCUCUUCCUAUACUGCAAGCUCUAUUGGACUCUCCGCAAGCCUUCUUUGCUUGUGUGCUCUCUCCUACGAGGGAACUAGCAAUUCAGAUUGCUGAACAAUUUGAAGCUUUAGGAUCUGGCAUCGGAGUCAGAUGUGCUGUGCUUGUUGGUGGAGUUGACAUGGUGCAACAGGCAAUUGCCCUUGCAAAGCGCCCUCAUAUUGUUGUGGGAACGCCAGGACGUCUUCUUGAUCAUUUGUCCAACACCAAAGGGUUUUCUCUUCGCCCUUUGAAAUAUUUGGUCUUAGAUGAGGCGGACAGGUUGCUGAAUGAGGAUUUUGAGAAGUCCAUUGAUGAAAUUCUGAAUGCUAUACCGCGUGAAAGGAGGACAUAUCUAUUUUCUGCCACUAUGACAAAAAAGGUUAAGAAGCUACAAAGGGCUUGUUUGAGGAACCCUGUGAAGAUUGAAGCUGCAUCUAAAUAUUCCACUGUUGAUACACUGAAGCAGCAGUAUCGCUUUGUUCCUGCCAAGUACAAGGAUUGCUAUCUUGUCUAUAUUCUCACUGUGAUGGCUGAAAGUACGACAAUGGUUUUUACUCGAACAUGUGAUUCAACUCAACUUUUAUCCUUAAUUCUUCGAAAUCUAGGACUAAGGGCAAUUCCAAUCAGUGGUCAAAUGAGCCAGUCUAAGAGACUUGGAGCUUUGAAUAAGUUUAAAGCACGAGAAUGCAAUAUUUUGAUCUGCACUGAUGUUGCAAGUAGAGGACUUGAUAUCCCAGCAGUGGACAUGGUUAUCAAUUAUGACAUCCCAUCAUCUUCUAAGGAUUAUAUACAUCGAGUGGGAAGAACUGCUCGAGCAGGACGAUCUGGUGUUGCUAUCUCGCUAGUGAACCAGUAUGAGUUGGAGUGGUAUUUACAAAUAGAAAAGUUGAUUGGUAAAAAGUUACCCGAGUUUCCUGCUCAAGAGGAGGAAGUAUUGCUAUUGUUGGAACGUGCUACCGAGGCCAAAAGAAUAUCACAGAUGAAAAUUAGAGAAAGUGGCGGUAAGAGGAGAAGAAAGGCAGGAGGAGAUGAUGGCGAGGAAGAAAUUGAAAGAUACUUGGGUAACAAGAAUGGGAAGAAAUCCAAGAAGUUGAAGAGAUAAUGACAUCUGACUGCUCAAGCUAGAGUUUUUCAAUGUCGAUCCGGUGGCAAUGUAAAUUUAUCGGAUGAGGCAUCAUUCUUCUACGCAAGCAACUGUGGUUAUGCUUUUUUAUUUUCAAAGAAAAAAUUCAUCCCCAUUUUAUCCGAUAAAUGUUUGUUUGUCACUGAAGUUUUCAGGUAGCGUUCCAUUCUAAAUGAGAAGAUUUUGGGAUACUGCUCAGAACAGUAGUCUCCUUCAGUUUUUUUGACGAUUUGGAUU